UUUUGCUGGUUGCAAGCAGCAAUCAAGUCGAACUAGAAAAAGAAAAAGAGCCAUGAUCUCAUUGGUGGUAGUUGAAGUUUGUAGUGUCUGGCUCCAUCGCGAUUAACUUUACUUCUGGACUGUUGUUAAAAUGUCUUCGUCGACAACAUUUUCAGGCAGAGACUCUCACAAGCGUGUAACAACUAAGACUAACCCAGGAUUUCUGGAACGAUUAAGUGACACUGCGGGAGGAACGUUUGUUGGUGUUGGACUGUUUUUCCUCUCCAUCCAUAUUCUUUUCACCAAUGAGGGACGGGCUCUGCGGACAGCGUCCUCUCUGGAUGAAGGACUCGCUCAAGUGGUGUCACUAGAAACUUCAGCCAGCCUUGACCUCCAGAACGACAACCGCUUGGUGCAUCUGUCUGCACCACUGCACACUUCAAAGCCUUUACAUGACCCCAACUACAAUGUAGCAGUGCAAGCUGUAAAACUGAAGAGAGAGGUGGAGAUGUAUCAGUGGGUGGAGUACCAGGAGAGCAGAGACUAUCAAGAGAACGGUGAAACUAAAACUGAGACCACAUACACCUACAAUACCGAGUGGAAAACCGAGCUGAUCAACAGUCGCUCUUUUGAUAAAGAAAUUGGUCACCAGAACCCAAGCGCCAUGGCAGUUGAGAGCGUGACUGUUGUAGCUCCUCAAGUCCAAGUUGGACCUUUUACUCUCUCUCAAGGACUGGUAGAAAAAAUUAAUAACUUCCAGACACUGAGCCUAAAGGAUUUGAAUUCCUAUAAGUCGGACCCUUUCUUCACCAUCAGUGAUGAUUAUUUUUAUCACACUCGGCAGCCAAAGAGACCAGAGGUCGGAGAUGUCCGCGUGCAAUUCUUCUUCGCAGGAACAAGUGGUGACACUAUCAGCGUCGUAGCCAAGCAGAAAGGAGAGAAGCUGCUACCUUUCAAAACCAAGUCCGGAGAUGUUUUGGAGAUCUUGUACCUGGAUGAUCUCUCCGCAGAGGAGGUGUUUGCAAAGGAGCAGCAGUCCAACAGCAUGAAGACGUGGGGACUUCGAGCUGCUGGAUGGGCCCUCAUGUUUCUUGCCAUUCAGUUGACCAUGCGCAUCAUCUACACGCUGGUGGACUGGGUUCCUAUCCUCAGAGACCUUGUUUCUGUGGGGCUGAAGAUCUUCGCCUUGUGCGUGUCCUCCUCGCUCUCCCUCCUCACCAUCGCAGCCGGGUGGUUCUUUUACAGACCCCUGAUGGCGGCCGCUCUGGGAGCUUUAGCGUUUCUUCCCAUGCUCCUUGCACGUUCGAAACUCCCAGCCAAAAAGGAACUGUGAUUAAGUGCGAGGCUGAAGCAACAAUGCAAAUGUGGGCUUCAAAAAGACUACUCCGAGGCAAUAAAAGGAACAGUCUGAAAUUCAACCAAAUAUGAUAUUUGCAGACAUUUGCAAGUGUUUUAGCCGAUAAAAUAUAGUUGGGGCACAUAUAUCUUUACUGCAAUACUUUGUUCUUUGUGUAUUCUUCUGUUUGAAAUGUUUCAAGCCACUUUUGAACCAAAAAUAAGACUUUUGUAGCUCCGAGUGUUCGUUUCUCAAGACUUUUAAUGUGGAAUGUGUUGGGCUUUACUUGAAGAUGAAUAAAUAUUGACAUAUAAAAAGGCUCAGAAGAUCCAUUGUGCAA